UAACAAUUCAAUACUUCUAAUUUUUACACAAAAACAAUCAAACAAUUGUUCAAUUGUCGGGAUCAACAAUUCUGUUGCAUAUUUGUAAAAUAUUCAUUUGGACGCUGGAAGAAGUAUUUAAUAAUUUAUAUAGUAUUUAACGUAUACGUUUUAGAUAAAUUGAUAAACAAAAUAUGCACGUUUUUGAGUUCAGAAGUUUUCCGGACAAUGAAUAUAGAUGUAGAUAUUGCGGACUAGUGUUUGAUUCGUUAGUAUCGUUAAAUAAUCACAUUAAUAAAACUCACAAGAGACGAUAUAACGAUUCUCGUUCAAGUGGAUCAUUCAAAAGAGAAGAAUGCGGAAUAAUAUACGAAGAACUCUUUAACGUAGACAAAUGCAUUAUUCUGCCUAAUUCAUCUUUUGACGAAAUUUCUGCAAUAUUUGCAAAAUUACAAAUGGAUCUUGAAAAAUCAGAGGAAUUAAAAUCUGAAAAUAAAACUGAAAAAAAUUUCUUUAAAGUUUCAACAAAAAUUAAAAAUAAAGAUGAAAUAAAAGUUGAAGGUCCCGAAAAGAAUGAAAAGAAUGCAACAGAAGAAAAGCAGGAUCCAGCAGAACUUCAGGACUUCUUUCUUGAAAUCGAAGAUAGAAAACCUGAGAUCAAUAAAUCCUCAAACUAAUUGAAAUAUUUAAAUACCGCUAUUGGCUGCAAAAUUUUUAAAACCGCUAUUGGCUGUAUUUAAUACUAAUCUACUUCCUCUGAAUUAAUACAAUUCAUUUUUAAAUUUCGCAAAACAUUUUGUAAAUUCAAAAUUAUACAUAUUUUAACAAUGUCAUUUAGUUUCAUAAAAUUAGUUCAAUUUUAAUGCAAAAGAUUUUGUU